CGUGCUGUCCUCACAGAGCCCGACGCAUGGCUUAAUCCCAUGAACUAUGAGAUCAUGACAUGAGCCAAAAUGAAGAGUCGAACGCUCAACCAACACAGCCACCCAGGCGCCCCCCCUUUUGACUAAUUCUCAAAUACGGAUACUUAUUAAUGGGAUAUGUGUCGUUCUGAGCAUCACAUAACCUCGUAAACCUUGGAAUUAGAUUGGACACUGUCACCGCCACGGUUCUGUCUUAUUCUGCAUUGAGGUUAGUGGUCCUUUUUAUCCCAGUCACCACCAAAAACCUCAGCUCUACAAAGACAGGACAGGACCGAAAGGAAUGAAGGCUGCUACAGUUCUGAGGCUGUGAACCGUAAGCAAGUAGUUUGCAGGGCGCAUGACGGAUAUCAAGUAUCACAGUUGCCCUUAGGAACAUGUAAAUAUUCUUCAUGACCCUGGGACAGUUUGAUGUGAAGUUCGGGAACUGCAGCACUAAUGCGUUUAUUAGGAUUGUUCAGGUUCUUCAUAACUUUUUAAGUUUGCUUAGUUGGGUGUCUUUUUAUCUAGUACUUUGUCUAUUUUACCAAAAUGCUUAAUGUUACUGUCAGAAAUUGUUCAUAAUAUUCUUAAAUUUUUAGUAUAUUCUACAUUUGUAGUUAUAGCUGCACUAAAUUUUGAGUAACACUUACGUCUUUACCUUAUUUAUUUUUUGAUCAAUCUGGCAAGAAUUGUAUUAGUCUUCACAUUGGCCUUGUUGAUUCUUUUACAGUUUGGCUUCUUGAGGCACCUCGGUGCCUCAGUCAACCGGUUAAGCAUCCGAUUCUUGAUUUCAGCUCGGGUCAUGAUCUCAUGGUUCGUGAGUUUGACGCCUGGGUCUGGCUCUGUGCUGAGAGCGUGGAGCCUGCUCCAAAAUAAACAGUGUGGAACUUGCUCUCAAAAUAAACAAACAUUUAAAUUUUUGCUUACUUCCUGCCUUUUUUUUUUUAUUAGAGUUUAUUCAAUUGUUCAUUUCCCAAGUUAGUUACUUAUUGGUCUUCAGCUAUUCUUUUAUGUAAAUAAGCUUUUUCUAAAGAUCGUUUUAGCUCUGUUUCACAUAUUUUAAUACAUAUUUUCAAUUGCAUUCAGUUCCAUUUUCUAAUUUCCAUCAUGAUUUUUCCUUGAGUAAUUGGUUAUUUAGAAAUGUUUUUCAGAUGUGGCUGGGGCUUCAGUGGCCUCACUAUGUGUACCGUUUUCGGUUUCCAGAGUCUGUUGACUGUAAUCUUGCUGCUUAUGUGUACCUGUGCUUAUAUCCUAUCCUUGGCACCCGGCCUCCUAGACAGAAAUAAGACUGGAUUGUUGGGUAUAUUUUGGAAGUGCGCCAGAAUUGGUGAACGGAAGAGUCCUUCCGUCGCAGUGUGCUGUACAUGAUGGCCUUCGGCAUUUUCUUCAUACAGUAGCUGGGAAAAAUAUAAUUUAAUUGCCAGCAGAUUUCCGUAUGAAAAAAGGACUUACCUAUAGAACAUAAUGGAAUGAAUAGUUAACUCUUUUAUCUCUGAACACUGAAUGAGAUAAAUUUCCAGCUGCUGUUCUCUAUUUUUGUUAUUGGACCAAUGUUCUAUAUAAACAGGGUGUAACCAUUUAAUACGCAGAGUUUAAUAUGUCUAACAAUCAAUGUGAGCGGUGUCACUACAAUAUUACAUUCUGCAAAUGUUACUCUGUCAGAUACCAGUUUUUAGUGAGGCAUCUCUGAGACACAGAAUAGAAAACAAAAUUGGGAAAUCAAUUUACUUCCCUUCACUGUGAUUUGGAAAUGAUAAAUCUUUAUGGGAUGAGACACUUUUCUGGGCUAGCUUUUUUAUUGAGGAAAAAAAGGUUCAAUUUGUGUUGGUAAGGAUUGCAUUCAUAUUUAAUAAUGCUUGCUUUUCCUCUGGCCACACCAGAGCAUUAACAGAGUGCCUCUAAGCAAACUCUAUAGUGUAUUACAGACAUUUCAACUAUUUGAAACAAGCCUGUGCAGUUCUUAAGGAAGAAGGUAAAUGAGAUAUAACUUAAGAGUAGUAUUGGGAAAAUGUCCAUAUUUAACAUAAACGUUUAGAAUAGCUGACUGGUCCAGUAGCCUCUGAAAACUCUAGAUAAGUAUGGAUAAAUAUCUUACGAAUAAAUUGACCAGCUGUCAUUCUCUGAAUAAGACUACAUUCUUAGAGUGAAAAGAACAAAAUAGAACAAUUCAGAAUGAUAAAAAAAAAAAAGUUUUUCAUUUCCAAGUUACGUGUUUCUAUUAGCUAUUUUUCUAAUAUUUAUUUCUAAACAGUUUGCUUUGUGGUCAGAGAUGUGUUGUAUGAAUACUUUUUUUUUUAAUUCAGUGAAAUUAACAUGAUACCUGGCACAGUUUUUAUCAUUGUUUUGUGUUUAAGUUUAUUUAUUUAGAGAGCCUGUGGGAGGGGCAGAGAGAGAGGGAGGGACAGAAUCCCAAGCAGGCUCCACACUGGACCGCACAAGCCCGACGUGGAGCUAGAACUCACAGACUGUGAGAUCAUGACCUGGGCUAAAACCAAGAUUGGACGCUAAACCAACUGAGCCACCCAGAUGCCCCUGUAAUUGUUCUAUACGUGAGUGUAAAGAACUUCCAACUAUCUGAAACAAUAUUCAUGUAUGCCUAUUACAUCAAACUUGGUAAUUGCUUUUUAAUUUAUGUCAUUCAAAUUUUCUAUAUCCUUUCUGAAUUUUUUGUGCCUAUUUGUAUCAAAUACUAAAAGAAUGUUUUUUAAAAUCUUGAUUUAUGGGAGAUUUGUUUAUCCUUGGAGUUCCAUCAGUUUUGCUUAUGCAUUUUUGAAGCUUUUUUAUUUGGUGGGUACAGGUUGAGAAUUAGGUCUUCCUGGAAGAAUUUUUGUCUAUAGAUAUACGUAUAGAUAUGUAUAUACAUAUAUACAUGUUAUAUACAUACGUACAUACACAUAUGUAUAUACAUAUCUAUACAUAUAUUGUAUAUGUAUCUAUAUGUAUAUAGAUAUACAUAUAUUUUCCCCCUAAAGUCCAUUUUGCAUGCUAUCUUUGACAACCACAGUUUUCUUUUGGGUGGUGUAUAUUUGUUUCAAUGCUUCUACUUUCUACCUUGUCUGCAUCUUUAAGUCUUAGGCACAUCUCUGGUAAGCAGCAUGUAGAUGAAUUUUGUUUUCCAUCCAGUCUGGGAAUCAAGUUGUAACUCUUUUUCCUUUCUAUUUUUUUCAAUAUAAAGGAUUUUG